CUUUUAGCGAUCUUCAACAAUGCUCCGACAGCUACUUUCCAGAACUUCCACCCGACCUAACGGCGUCACUCGGUAUACCUCCUUCCACACAUCACGCAAUACGCGCGCUUACAACCGUCCUCGUCACCAUUCCAACCAGCACAUACAACCACCAGAAGACGCUCCACCACGCAUCCUCCUCUAUAUCGUCGGGGGUUAUUUUGCUGUUAUAAAUGCUGGUGCGGUCGGCCUUUUUUGGUAUGACAAGAACCAAGCCCUCAAACGUGGGUGGCGUGUGCCAGAAAAGCAGCUGCAGUUGACGGCGUUACUUGGCGGCUGGGUGGGUGGAUUAUGGGCAAUGAAAACGUUCAGGCAUAAGACGGUGAAGCAGAGCUUUCAGCAACCUUAUCUGUUAUGCAUGGCAGGCAACAUUGUCGCGUGUGUUGGUGGGAUCGCGGCUUGGAGAUUCAACCCCAGUUUUAGAACGGCAGUAAUCAAAAGUUUGGGCCGACAAUCUGCUCACAUCCGAUGAAAUUGGACUGGUGGCUAUGGAGAUUGAUAACAUAUCGGCAGAAUACUCGGCAGAGCAAUAGUAUAUUAAUAGUGUUAAUACAAAUUCAACAUCGAUGAAAGGCAUGUCAAAUCUGAACCUAGUCUACAUCCC